GCGCAGCCCCACCCCCUGCGUCGGCGCGAGAUCCAAACGGCCGUCGGCGCGCAGGGACCGCCUCCGCGGGAAGGUCUGUCAGGAGACACCACUGACUGGUUCGGAGGUCUCUACUCGCUCUCUCGGCGACCAUGAGGAGAAGAAACCCCGCUGAGGCUGAGGCCUGCGGCGUGUGGCUGGAUGCUGCGGCGCUGAAGAGACGGAAAGUGCAGACUCGAUUAUCCAAUCCCAUCACCAGAAUGCUGCCUCCAGUUGGAGGUGAGAGAGAAACAAUUGUUGGUUUUACUCAAAGAAGAAUUCAACCUGCGGGUACCAGGCAGACUGUCAUUGCAUCAUUUUUUACUUCAAAAUCAGGAAAGGCAAGUGAUGGUGGGCAGGGAAGGCCUUCUCCUGGUCCAGCAAGUCAGAGAAGGAAGGAACAGAAAAGAGAUGUGAUGUGGUUGGAUCCUCCUCCAUUGACUCCUGGGGAUCAUUGUGUCCGGUAUCCUGAAACUACAGCAGCUUCAAUCACUAAAGAACCUCAGGAGCUCAUCUGCCCUCCUCCAUCUUCCAAGGAGGUAUCUGACUGUUGCAGAGAGGCAAGACCAGCUGUGCUCAGUAACCAAGACCAGAAACUGCCUCUGCCCAAGUCAGAGAUUGUAGAUUCUGUUGAGGUGGGUUUUACCUUCACCCAGAAUUCAGAAGGCCUUUGUGUGCUAGCCCAUGAACUAGCGGAAGGGGGAAUAUGUUAUAGACCAGGGCAAGAGACCAAGUGCCUAGUAGAGAGGGCAGAACGGAAAGUAUUUACUAAAGAAAACAAACAGUUCUCCGUCCUUUCCCAAGGCUACCAAAAAAGCAAGGCAGGGAAGGGAGAAAACAGGGAGUCCUGGAGGGGAGAGGACACAGAGUUAGAACAAAGACCCUGCUCCAGUCAGGCUUUUUCUUGGAAUAGUGAGAGGUGUGAUACAGAUCUGAGGAGCCAGUUGUUCACAGAGGAUUCUCAGGGCCAGAGGGUCAUUGCUCACUCAUCUCGAGCCCCUUUCCAAGAUGUAUACAACCUUUUGAGAAAGCCCUUGCACACAUCCCUCAGUCCCCAGGUUCAGUGCCAGGACAGAUCUGUUGUGGGCACCUCUCAGUCAAAUUCCCAACCUGAUAUGCUCUUUACCCAGGACUCUCAAGGUAACAGGGUUAUCAAGCACUGCUUCUUUUGAACUGUUUUGAUGACAGGGUGUUUAACCCUUAAAGUAUCCAGAUGAUAGAAAAACAUCAAUAACCUUGUAGUCAUUUGAUGAGGGUGGGUGGUCUUAAAGUAGGCCCUUGUUCUGGAUUUGAAGGAAUGGAAGCAGUCUAGUGUUUAGCUUUAUCUUAUGAGCUUUUUCUUUGGGAACAUAAAAAACAGACAUUCUCACUUGUUGAGGGAGUAGUUUUAGAAGAGAGAGUUCGGCAGCCAUCCUUUCUCUGAACUGUUGGGUUUCAUAGUUUUUCAUGAAAGAGAACUAUUGGACUGAUCUGAAUAUAGGUCAUAUCUUCUAAAUUUAGAUAUCAAAACAGAGUGUGGCCUAACAUUGGUGUUAUUUUUCAGUGUAUACCUGUAGGCUAUUUCCUUUCAAAGAGAUCUGUGGAGUGACCUUAGCAGUUACUCAAAGCAAAGCAUUUUGAUGUAGACUUUUUGUUUCUGCAGAAAACCUGCAAGGUUUGACUUGAACCUUUCCAUUGCUUUGUCUGACUUCUAACUAGGUUGUAAUUUCAUCAAUUAUGUCCCUCAUCUAUAGAUCUUAAGCCUUGCUCUCUGGAACUGUGUUAAAUUUAUCCUGGGGCGAGAGCUGGCUAGGGCCGAGUUGAAACCCAAGUGGAAAGUGUGAUCCAUGAUUUUUCCUUGUUUUUGAUAAACCUGUUUCUGGGAUUGGAGACAUACAAACUAAAAGGACAUAUUCAGAACCAAACCCAAACAACUCAAGCAUUUCCAAAUGCUGGGGACUAUGACAGCCCCAGAGGGAGUGCUUCAAUAUAGGAAGUGCUGGGUUUCAGAAACAUGCACAUACCAAACAGCUUUUUUAGGCAAAUUAGGGCAUUUGUGAGGAGGUUGAGGCACAGAAGUGAAAUAAUUUGACCUGUAGUCACACAGCAGUUAUGCCAAGUAUAGAAAUAAUUUUUUAAAAAUAAAAAUGGUUCAGAUUUUAUGGUUUGGUUUGCCAUUCGAUUCCGUAUUUUUGUUGAAUGUUAAAAUUGUAAUGAAGUUCAUAAAAAACAAGUGGAUUGAACUAGAUGGUCUCUAGGGGUAACAUCAGUUCAAUUGAACAUUCUGUGAAUCUAAGUGGACCCUCCCCCACUUUUCCUGGGCUCUAAACAUUCUAUUUUUUUUUUUAGACAGUAAAACAAGCUCUAGUAGGUUAGUGGUUAGAAAUCAGUGGGUCACACGGAAGGUGAGGUUGGCAGGCUUUUUCAGCCUUUGAUGUGAUAGCUCUACUUUAAAAGGUUACCAAGAAUGCACCCCUCAAGAGAAAAUCACCUUUUUAAUUUUAAUUGGAAACCCUUAUUUUGAUAGUUCUGUAAUCUCAAGUGUAUUUCCUUGACUGUAGUCAAAGCCUGUGUUGGCAAACCUAUGGCAUGCAUGCCAGUGUGCUAGAGGGCUGCUCCCUUCCCCCUCUCCACACACACACACCCAAGGACAUUUCUCACAUGACCCAAUCCUCUGCCCAGCAGCUCAAUGGGAGAACUUCCUCCUCCUGUCUGGGGUUAAGUUGGGGUAGGCAUGUGGCAUGAGGGUUGCAGUUUGGGCCCUUGGUCUCUAGCUUCUUCCAUAGGUGGGUGGAAUUGGAGGUCCAAAAAUAAUAUACCUAAGGUAGAUCACUGUUCUUUUGCAAUUUAUCUUUGCCAAAAAAGGAUAUUUAGGUUUUGCUCUCCUAUGGAAGGCCUGUUCUGUGCCACACAUUGUGCAAAGAUAUCUCACUUAUUAAUCCUUACAACUGAAGUGUUGUAACUUGUGGAUCACACAUAGUGUCUGGAUUUGAAAUCAGGUCUUCUCACUUUCAUGCCCAACACAAUAUUAAACGAAGUCAGAUAUACCACUUAAUUUUAGCUUAUGGAGGGGUGGGGGAUAGAAGGCUGAGGAAGGCUUCCUGUUCUGGUAGGAGGUAAUGGGGUAAAUUUGAGAAUGGACCUGUGAAAUUUGCAUAUGAGAUCACUGUCAGUUAUUGGCAGGACACAAGCUGGGUCUAGGUUAGUAUUUUUCUCGUUUUUUAUGCUAUGUGAAAAGCAGCUAGAAAGUGGACUUGGUUUGUGAUUCCAUAUCUGGGGAAAUGGUAUAGAUUUAGGUUGUAGAAAUGACUUAAGUGAAUCUCUCAAUGUGCACUACAUAUACAGCAACAUAGUAACCACUCAAAAUUUUUCUUUAAUGCCAGGUAGUGCUUCAACCCAAACACACCACACACACAUGUGCACACACCUUUACUGAAGGAGGUCCCAAGGAAGGUUGGGUCAUGCAUUGUGUGUUGGGUGAGGACUUGUGGCAUGACCUAAUGGGUUCAGAUAUGGGAAAAAGUGGCCCCAAAUGAAUGAAGCAAGCCCCCUCCCUUCUUCCUCUUUCCUGCUGAGAUCCCUCAAUGGUAGUGGAAUAAGACAUCAAUGCCAUGACAAUGAGGCCACAAGGAUCCUGGGGGGAUAGUGGAAGGAUUUAGUUUCUUUACAGUAUUACAAAAUGUGUUCAAGAAGAAAAAAAAAAUAGCCCUGGCCUGCCAGCAGCAGCCUGUUCGUAAAGCUGGAGCUCUGGGAUGUAUAGGAGACCUGAGCACAGCUUGAUGUUGGUGCAUGAGGGCAGGGGGCAAAUGUUGGCUUAUGACUGCCGUGAGUCCCCAACACCCUGACCCUCUGCAAGGAAGCAGCCGAGUCUGAGGAACGUACUGCAUGUGCCCAGUGAGACCAGGAGCUGGAUAGAUAGUGCAGUGAAGCUAGUCAUCAGUCUGGGGCCUAUUUUCACACGGCGAAGAAAACUAAAACUCCCAUUUCUUUCAACAGAAAACAACCAAAGCAGAAUGACUGAUUAUCUGCAAACCCUCAACUCAAAAACUAUGCUUAGAACACUGUCCUUAAAAGUUUUGCUAAGAUUUGAAGUGUGGGGAAGCAGUUUGGAUUUUCAAUCUCCGCCCCAUUUCUAGCCUGUCAGUGUUUUCCAUUGUGGAAGGAUAUUUCCAACUGCAAGGCAGAAGUAUCUGCUGUGAGACAGCUUAUAAUAGAGAAAGGGCCAUAUCAUAUAUAGGGCUCCACAGAAAGGGCCAUCAGUUUCCUUUCAUGUUGAUAUCUUCUUCCUUCAGAGCAAACUUUCUCCUCAACACCUCUGAAAUGAGGACAGCAGGGUCUUCUUCCUUCAUCAAGCUCCGAUUCCUAGAGGUACAAGGGUAACAAAUCAUCAGGGAGCAAGAAACAAGGGCUGACAUUUUGAUAGGGAAUUUAGACAGUUGGUACUCCACUACCCAUAGACUGAGCCUGCAGGUCUUCUGUUAAUCCUGCUGUCAGCUUUUGGCCACCUUACUCCUUUCCUAGGGGACAAACAAGAUUCUCUUUAAGCUAUUUUAUUUUUCAGCAUUUCUAGGAAAGGAUAUGCUGAGGGCUUAUUCCAUGAGCAUCCUGGGAGUUAGCUUAAUGGGAAGGAUAAUACAGAUAAACAUAAACUUCCUUAUCAUGAGACUAAGGGGAAACCAAUGAGACACUGGUGGAAAGGAAUCUUAGAAAUUAGAGCUGGAUGAGACCUUAGAAUCAUCCAAGUGCAAACCUAUCAGUUUUACAGAUGAGGAGAGAAGGUGACUUGCCUAAGGUAAUAAAUACAGAGAGUAAGUAGCAGAGAUGGUCCUGGAACCUAGCUACUCUAGAGCCAAAUUCUGAAACAAUGGGCUUAACUCAUGGCUCUAUUGCCUAUUAGGAGAUUGGUUUUGGGCAAGUCACUUUUCCCAUAACAGCCUCCAAUUCAUUGGAAAAAUAAGGACAACAACAUUAGCACUAUCUACACCUUAUAGGGCUGAAAAUUAACAGAGGGUGUAUGUGUAUGUAUGAAUACAUAAUGUGAAACUAGAAUUAUCCUCUUGUCUUUUAAUGUAAUCAAUCAGCAACCUUUAAUAAAUCAGGAACCUGGAGGUCCUUUACCAUUGAGAUGUGCAGGGUUAGACCAGUCCAAAGUGAAAGGAAGUAGAAACCAAAGAGACAGGAAACAGAUCCCACAAGCACUGUCCCCCUGGGUAGUACAAGACAAAUUAAGAAAGUAUGAUUGGUUCCUGAGGUGUGACUUGGGAAGUGAGAGAGCUAAUGGGUGGAGAAAAAUGUUUAUAAGGUGAGACCCAACAAGAAGUGAGGAAUUCACAUUUGCAUUUGGAUUCCCACGUGAACUCUGGAGGCACUGGGAUUGGGGGGAGCCUUUGUCUGUAAUGAGCUGGAUCGGUAAUUAUAGGGUAUUUAGGUAGGCAAUAUUUUCUACCUCCCUCCUACAUUUUCCUAUUUUACUACAUAUCUCUUUUAAUUAAGAAUAAAUUGUUAAAAGCUACUAACAGCCUCAUAACUUAGUAUUUAAUUAUUAUAAUCGGCCACCGCACAACCUAUUAAACUAUUACAAUUAUGGGUUGAAUAAUGGGAGCUAUUUAUUAAAGGACAGACACCCAGAUACCUAGGAAAUAGAUUCUUCAUUUAAAUAUAACCUACAUAAGUAUAAUGAGGUGAUAAUAGGACAGGUCUGAUUAAGGCUAAAACUGAGUAUACAAUAAUGAAAACCCCAGACAACUAAGAAUUUUCAGAGAAUGAGCUUUUUAGUAAUUGACCUAGACUAGAAAACAAAAGAAGAGCUGGGGAAAGCUCACUGCACAGAGAUUUGGGCCAUCAAAAUAGGAAAGAGGACAGAGAUAAUAGUGGAAGAAGUCACAAAGUAGAGCUGUAAAUCAUAUGGCAUCUUCUUAAUUGGGUCUGAGUCAGAGGUACUUCUGGAUCUUGUUCAGGGGAAGAGGCAUUAUAGCCAGACACUUAGGCCCUUACAGAUUCCCAGAAACUAAAAGAUUCAUAGGUUUGGACUUUCAGAGUUGGAAGGCCUUUUAUAGAUAGGACACAGGCUCAAAGAAGGGGUUGAUCUAAAGUUACAGUUACUUAGUGGCAGAGCCUAGACUAGGACAUAGAUUGCUUGACUCUCAGGCCAGUGAACUAACUGCACCAAGAAAAGACAUGAGGGGUAUCAAUAUCAGCCUAGUUGGGAUUAGAAAAAUGGGGAAGAAAGUGGGUUGUGGUGUAGUCAUUUCCUAAAAACUGAAAUGGGCAAUGUGUGAGAGAGCCAGUUAUUAUAGAACCUCAAAGCUGAAACAAACAUCUAGUCCAGUUUACCAGGACCAAGAAGUUGAAUUCUUGAGUAACUGAAAACCCAGUACAGUCUUGAAGAGAUGGCAAUACACAUCUUGCUUCUCAUGGCAGAAAAAGAAAACUAUAGGUAGAAUAACUAUCAAGCAAGGUGUGAUCAUUAUAUUUGACAUUCUGGUUGAAUGCUUUUGUUACAAGGUAGGAUUCAAUGUGGAUAAGAGAUGUUUAGAAAUGACUGAUGUCAAAAAUCAAAAAGGAAAGGCUACCAAGGAUCCUAAUAGAUGCUUUAAGAAAGGUUGGGUCAAUUAUUCCCAUUUAGAACCAGUCUAGAAAAGAUAAGCUACUUGCUUUGGUCAGACAGAAUAGCAUUCCCUUCAGAAAAGCUCUAUGAAAAAACAUUAAUUAGUGUCUCUCUCUUCAGUCUCCAAAGGCAAUUGUUAUAUUCAACACAAGAAGUUCCAAACAGUAGUUAUGGCUGAACUGAAAUAAAGUAUAAAUUCUAAAAUUUGUCAA